AUGAGGCCAAAGAUGAUUUGCAGCCCAUCGGGCGUAACUAACUCGCACCACCACCGUGGAAAAUCGGGUGGUGGUGGUGGUGAUGGUGGUUUAUGGUCUAAAAGGAACCCAAUGGGUUCAGAGUUAUCUGAGCCAACAUCUCCAAAAGUGACAUGUGUGGGACAGAUCAAGGCUCGACCGAAGUCUAGAUCAUGCAAGAAUUGGCAAACGGUAAUGGAAGAGAUCGAAAGGAUGCAUAACAACAAGAAGCAUAGAAAGAAACCGGCUUGGGGUGAUGCAAUAGGGUUCAAGAAAGAGUCCAUGCAAUUCUUGACAAGUUUAAGGAGUUUUAAGUUUGAUUUGGGGUGUUUUGGUGCAUUUCCUAAUGUGAACGUCACUUCAGAUGACGAUGAUAAUGAUAAUGAUAAUGAUAAUGAUACUGAUACGACUUCUGUAAAGAAAGGGUUUGGAGGGUAUAAUGAUCAUGAUCAUGACCAUAAAGAUGGACAUGGUCAUGGUUAUGGUGAUGAUCAUGAUGAUUGUGAAGAGAGAUCAUCAAGAAGUGCAUUUUCAAAGUGGUUAAUGGUUAUGGAGGAGAAUCAAGAUUGUUUACUUGGUAAAGAAGAAAGUGAAAACCCUAAAGAUGAUGAUGAAGAAGCUCAAGCUCCAUGUGUGCCACCAUCAAAUGCACUCUUGUUAAUGCGGUGUCGUUCUGCGCCUACAAAAAGCUUAGUCGAGGAGGAGGAAGAAGACGAAGAAGAAAAAAAGGAAAACUUGAUAGAGUUGAUGAAGUAUGAAGGUGAUUUUUACAAAUUAUCAUGUGAUAUUGCAAAAGAGACAUGGGUUGUUGGUGGAAUAAACAAAGAUUCACCUUCAAAGACUCAAACUUCUAAAAGAUGUUCGAUUGAUUGUCUUCAAGAAGUUAAAGCUUGUUUACAAUGA